AUGGCAUGGUUCAUGUCCCUGGCUUUCAUCCACCUGGUUUCGCUGUUUGCUUUAAGCGAAGCUAAGGUAUUGAGCGACUUAUCGGAUGGAUUCUGCCGGAGUUACAAAUUCGGGGCGAACAUUGUCAACGAUGUCCUGUACAUGGUGGAUCUCGACGGCGGCCUCAUUCCCAGCGACACGAAUGCAUCACACAAUUAUCUCGUGCAACUUGACUUAUCCUCCUCAUUCUCGACUGACGAUGGCGCGAAAUAUAAGAUGAGCUUGGUUAACAGCGCGGUCCCGAAAAUCAAGGACCAGGCAAUGUGGUCAGACAAGGGCAACACUACGCUGUUUACGUAUGGUGGGCGAGGCGUAGACGACACCUCGGUGGACCAGGGACUAUGGACAUACACGAUUGCCGAUGGGUCUUGGAAAUUGCAGCAGACUAGUAUUAAGCCGGUGCGACUACAAGGAGGGGCGUACGUUGAUGCGCCUCAAAUCCAAGCUGCAUAUUGGGUAGGCGGGUAUCAAGAUAGCGAUACGACGCCUGCCAUCACCGAUAAAACGGUAGACUAUGCGACGGGGAUGAUUCAAUUCAACACGACAACUGGGACCUUUACACAGUUUGAUGCGCCAUUCACCCCUGUACAGCAGGGCGCAUUGGUAUAUGUUCCCGUUGGAGAGAAAGGGAUCCUAGUGUUUGUGGGGGGCGAGGUUCCGUCUAUCCAGAACGGUAUCAAUGCAACUCUGACUUCAAACCCGUGGAACCAUGCAUGGGUCUAUGACAUCGCAGGAAACAAGUGGUACAAUCAAACCACAUCAGGCAGCGUGGCGUCGCGAACCCAAUUUUGCGCUGUUGUCGAACAAGAUCUCUCGACGUCGUCGUACCAAAUCUAUGUGAUUGGAGGAGCGGACUACGAGUCAAAGAAGUCGCUCACGGACGUUUCCUAUCUAUCCAUCCCAUCUUUCAAAUGGUUUCAAGCCGGGCCUCUAAACAAGCCUCGUAUGACCCACGUCUGUCAAGCAUACGGACGGCAAAUAUUCGGCGUAGGAGGCCGGCUCGCGUGGGCGGACGACGCCGAUGCAGGAUGCUAUGAUAUGCCUGCCUUUAUAUAUGACGCUCAAUCUGAAGUCAUCCGGGCUCAAUUUGACCCUGGAUUAUCGGCUUAUUCAAUCCCCUCCGCAACAGCCGAUAACAUCAAAUCCUCGCCCUAUCCAUCAACAUGGGCUGAUCCAGCUUUGAAAUCACUUUUUGUCCAAGAGGCUACCAACAACUCAACGGACACGCAGCCCGACCCGUCAAGCAAGGCUGACGGUUCAUCAACCCACACCGGGGCGAUAGUAGGUGGUGUGGUGGGUGGCGUUGCUGGUGCGGCCAUCAUACUGGCAGUAAUCUUCUUCGUCCUGAGAAAGCGACGCCGAGACUAUCAGAAGCAACCACAAGGAGAAAAGUGGUCUGAGAAUGCACCACCGAUAAGCCGCGUGGGAGGUGAACUGCCAGCUGAGGACCCUCGGCGGGAGUUAGAUGCGCGUAGCAAUACGCGCAGUGAAUUACGAGGGAACGACGGGUUUGUUUACGAACUAGAUGGUGGUCAACGAUCCGGUGUGUAG